AACCUUCUAUACUACAAAGGACAAACCUUAAACUUCUCAUAUCAAGAAACAAAAAAAGCGUUCAACAUGAAGCUUCUUUUGGCCAUCUGUUGCGUCGCAUUGGUCUUCACUAUUGUCUCUGCAAACAUUUCCAAAGAAGAGAUCGAUGGCUUCGUUGAGGAGCACAACAAGGCUCGUAAAGAGGUCGGCAACAAACCCCUCAAGUGGAACACGACCUUGGCCCAGUAUGCCCAAGAAUACGCCGAUAAAAGAGUUGGCGAUUGCGCCAUGGAGCACUCAAUGGGACGUUGGGGUGAGAACUUGGCCUCCGGCGACGGCAUGAGCGGCGCAGCUGCCACCAAGUAUUGGGUCACUGAGAAGGAGUUGUAUGACGAAAAGUCCAACAAAUGCCUCAAAAGCAAAGACGAAUGUGGUCACUACCUUGCUGUGGUAUGGGGCAAAACCACCGAGGUCGGAUGUGGCAUUUCAAAGUGCAAGGAUGGAAAGAACUAUGUCGUUUGCAGCUACGAUCCCAUGUACCAGCCUGAGGACGAGCGCCCCUACUAGAUGAUGUAUGCACGCUCACGUGCGCGCAACCACACCAACACUAGGCCGGUUGAGUGAUCCCGUGUUUUUUUUGUCUUUUGGUGAAAUUAGAAAAAUAAAGUGUAACGGAUGUAUACAAAUACUUCCCCACACUCACAACAUUUUUUACAUGACUAGCAUUUGAUAUGGUAUUGUGAGAGGUGACAAAGUGAAUAAAAAAUGAAAAAGAAUAAGAUUAUUUCA